GGACGCAGCGGUGGUGCUGUCAUUUUCCAGACCCGCCGUCGACGCCAGCCACAUCGUCGGACAGGGUCUGACGAGGAGGCUGUACCCGAUAAUGCUAGACAGGAUGAAGAGGGCGGUGAGGGCACAGACUCCGACGGCAGUGACACAGAGUCCGGCGCGGUCUUGGAUCUUCCCUGCACAAAAAAAUGGGCGAACUAUCGGCUAAGUCUUUUUGGACUGGAUCCGCGUUCGCUCUUGGGAUUUCUCACGCUCUCCGGUCUUAAUAAUCUCAGGAAUAAUUUUCGCAUACCCAGUGUACCUUUACAGGAGCAAACUCGUGAUGGUAGAGUAGCUGAUCUCCAUUGA